GUGUGUGUACGUGUGUGUGUGUGUGUGCGUGUGUGUGUGUGUAGAUGGUUAUCUGUCUUGUCUCCAUGUUGGACUGGUGACCUGUCCAGGGCAUGCCACACAUUUCACUCAUGAUCGUCUUGCAAACGAACAAGCAGGUUUAAAAGGAAUAAAUGCAAUAAAACAUCGAGUCGCUUAGUGAUACCUGCAACAUAACGGGUAAACAAAGGGAACUCUGCAGGUAUAGCUGCAUUAGCAUGUUGUACGAGGGCUCUGUAGCCUUGUUAGAGGUGUGGUACUGUUAUCACCCCACUCUAUGUCUUUCCAGCUCUCUGAGAACCCGAAGCCUUAAAUCACAGUACUAAUCCCAGGGAACAGUAUUUUUAACUUGUGCUGGGUCAGAGAGAGCAGCAAUAGGAUUAGAGAAUCAGAGAAGGCACUUAAUCCUAACUCACGCAGCUGAUCUUCUGCACCCUGGCUGAAAGGCUCCUCAGCACUCUCUUUUUUACGUCUCACAGAAACAAAGGUUUAGGAGAAACAUGGGCUUUUUAGGUAAUAUUUUGUCUUCUGUCUGAUUCUUACUGAGCUCAGGGCCACACUUUGAACCAAAUCUUUCUGCUUGUUGGUCUGCUGAAGGGCUGGCACAAUGGCUGCUAUGAAGCCCAAGCUGAAAGUGCUGAAAAAGCGGCGCUCCAGUCUUUUUGCGAGCAUAAAACGGGACACGAGCUUGUCACACAGCAUUGAAGAAGAAGAUAGUGAAUUUCCUUUUUCCCAGGACAGCUCGGUGAAACCAUGGACUUCAAUGGACAACCUUGAUGCUCCUGUUGAGGAGAAGAAUGAAAGCAAAGAGGCACCGAAUCCAAGAAGAUCGAACAUAGUAAAUCUGAAUGUGGGUGGAAAGGUCUUUCACAUCCCAAAGCAUCUGGUUCUGCGAUACCCAAAGACCCGGAUCGGAGUUCUUGCGCUCUGUGAUGAUCCAGUUAAGCGAAUGAAACUCUGUGAUGAUUACGAUGUUAAGAGCAACGAGUUCUUCUUCGACAGGGACCCCAUGUUUUUCCAUUACAUAUUUCACUUCUACUGCAGCAACGUUCUCUGGGUAAUGGACAGCCUGUGCCCUGCCAACUUUGAAGAAGAGAUGUCGUUCUGGGGACUCAAACUGAGGCACACUCCAAGGUGCUGUCGCAUUUUGUUUGAGGAGAAGCUGGAUGACAUCAGAGACCAGCUGAAGGUUAACCAGGAGCUGCUGGAUGAGAUUAAACCUCAUCAGGAUGAUGAAGGCUACACAACGAUGUUCAUGGGGGACUUGCGAAAAGCUCUUUGGGACUUGAUGGAGAAUCCUUACUCCUCUCUAGCAGCCAAAACCUUUGCUGUAUUUUCUAGUCUUUUUGUUCUCAUCUCUAUUGUUGCCAUGACGAUGAAUACAGUGAGAGAGCUUAGGGAAUAUAAAGUUGCAGGUAAAACCUACAUGGAGUGGGUGGAGAUUUCCUCCAUCCUUUUUUUCACACUGGAAUACUUUUUGCGGUUAUUCACCACGUCUGACAUCAAACAUUUUGUCAGAAGUGCUCUUAACUUUGUUGAUGUGGUGGCUGUCAUGCCCUACUUUGUCCAGAUCAUCUUUGAGACGUUUGUUAUAGACUCAGAAGACGUCAGUGCACAGGAAGACCUGAAGACCAUGUCACGGGUCAGCAAAGUCAGCAAGGUGCUCAAAGUGGUCAAGCUGAUGCGUAUCUUCCGUAUCCUGAAACUUGCUCGUCACUCCACGGGAAUGAGGGCGUUUGGUUUCACCAUCCGCCAGUGCUCUGAGCAGGUGUGCUGUCUGUUCCUGUUCAUCGCCAUGGGCAUCUUCACCUUCUCUGCCCUGAUGCAUUCUGUGGAGGUUGACCAGCCCGGGACGCCGUUCAGCAGCAUACCAGAUGCCUGGUGGUGGGCUGCGGUGAGCAUCUCCACAGUCGGCUACGGAGACGUGAUCCCCAUCUCCUAUCUCGGCCGCUGCGUGGCGUUUGGAUGCAUCUCUUUUGGCAUCAUCCUCAAUGGAAUGCCCAUCUCUAUUCUGUUCAACAAGUUCUCUGAUUACUAUGCCAAACUGAAAGAGCAGGAAUUCACUUACUCAAACACAGAGCGCACCUUCCAGCUCCAGAAGCGUCUGCGGCGUAAGUUUGACCGCUGUUUCGAACCCCCGCCAGACACAGAUGAUGUGAUUUAUUAUCGACCCAGUGGAAGACAUUCAGACUUUGACUUAGACACUGAAGAAUGAGAAUGCUGCCCAGCGGUUGCCCUGCUAGCCACAAACCAGAGAGUUAGGGUGUCACCUUCGCAGCUGGUGGUAGCAGGUCAGUCCUCUGUCAUCUGCUUCCAAGGACAGCUCCUACCUGCAGCUGAUGCUGACUAGUCCUGAGUUAUAGUUGGUGUGAAGGACACCUGGUUACAGACGUGCUUUAUUUGAAACACAACUUCACAUUAUUCCUCAGUUCUGUAUAUUUUCAUACUUUGUCAAAAGAGUUCUGGAUUUGUGUGGACGUGGGUUUCACGGGGAGUGUUGUGUUAAUAACACACUGUGUUGUGUCCCCUAACACCGACGGCGAAGAGAGGUGCCAAUAGUGAUCAGAAGUGAUUACAGGGAUCUACAGUCAUGUCCAGUUUCAUUUAGGGAACAGAGACGCGUCAUCAGGUCCACUAGGGACCUACACGUGUUUUCUUCUUGAUAUAGAAGUUCUCAUAAGUGACCUGCUGGUUGAAUCACUCAGCAGCCGUCCUUCUGACGGAGACUGCUAACCUGAUCCAGGGCGUGUUUGGAGAUGAACAACUCCUUUUCUCUACCCUAAUCCUCCAGAUAUUCCUGCACCAUGGAACAAACAGCCCUCGACCUGCCCCUUCCAAACACUCCUAGCGUGACAGAUGUGUUCAGGCAUUUGUGUUACUAAUCAAAUCAAAUCAAAUCAACUUUAUUUAUAUAGCACUUUUCAUACAAAAAAUGCAACUCAAAGUGCUUUACAGAUUAAAAUGGCCCCAUAGAUCCCACAUUCCCAUCCCAGCCCCCCUCCCCAAGUAUAAAACUAUUAAAAAUUACAGUUCCCCUCCCGCACCCAACUUCCAAAGUGGACAUACAAUCACCCGCACACACACACACACUCGUGAACACCAGAGGAAACA